AUUCUGAGGCUAUGUAUCACAGCCUUAUCUCCUUUGAGUCAAGACAACCUGGAAUCAUCUCAAGGUGUUCCUGUCGCUACGCUCUUCACACAUAAUUACCAACAGGAUAUUCCAUCAUCUUAAAGCAACGUUGUGGAAUCCUUUAGUGAGGAAAACCUGCCUCCUACCUCUCGUCAACCUGCACGAUACUGAUCUAGUAAGCUAUCAACGCCAAUAUGGACCCAAUUACUAUUGUCACUGUGGUUAUUGGGGCAGUGGGUACCUUGAUGACUGCUUUCAAAGAACUGGAAGAAAUCAGAUCGACUCGACAGAAAAGAAAAGCAGAUCUGGAUGCCGGUGGGCCCGCACCACAUGCAGAAUUCGAGGCCUCCAUUCAGAUCUCCAGCCUUGCUAACCGUCUCUUUUCGCGCCUCAGUCGGAAAGACUCUUCUUCGAAGAACGAGAAAUUCAUCAAAGAGCUUCUUGAACUGCGAAAGGACAUAGCGACUUUGCUAGAUGAACUAGGCAAUGCCACUCUUUCGAAUGUCUCGAUUUGCCCCCAAAUACAGACGAAUACAACGGCGAUUGAAGUUGAUGACAAGAAUAUUGACUCGUGGACGAAGAGGGCGAUGAAAAUCAAGCGUAAGCUCGAGAACCUGAUUACUUCCGCGGAGCCGGUCAACGGAGAACCCGGAAUCAUACCACUCGAACAUUCGGGUAUUCUCAGUAAUCGUCAAUUUUGUUACGGCGCAAUAUUAUGCCAGCACGGGCAAGCCGACGCAAAAGUCCUGGCAACCCAAAACAACAAAGGCGAUCAUUCAUCGCCACAGUCGCAGUUCAUCUGCAUACACUGCAAUCUAGAGGUUGGCUACUACGAUUCCGUGGGAGUAAGCCGAAAGGGAGCUCCAUUUAAGACCUCAGACCUACUUGUGUCUUGUCAUCUCAUGGCUUGCGAUAAGAAUCUGCGAGCGUUCUACCGAUGCCUGGCUUGUCAUCUUGCCCAGAAGCAGCUAGACUUUUACACCGCGGAAGCCUUGACAGCUCACAUGGAAACGCAUCCCGGCUUCUCUUUCCUUCCGCCAAAGCUCGAAGCUGCUAGUGAACAGGCUGUCAAGCAGGACAUGGAGCUGUUCCUGAAAGCGGAAGUUCCCAGCCUCCAAUCUACUGCCAACACGCAGAGUUCGCUUUCAGACGAAGAUGGAACAACCGCGAUUUCUUCGCAAAGCUCGCACAUCUUUGGAGAGCGACCUAUGUCAUUUGGAUUUGGAAAUUCGGACGAUAUCCCAGUGGAGGAGCGUAUAUUCAGUCCCAUGACACCAGCGUCGCCAACAUUUAGUUCACUUUCAAUGGGCCACCCUCAAGAUGAAGAACCCAACAUUGUAUUGCAGCAUUCGAACAGCCAGAAUGCUGCUACCAAUCUACUUCCUCCUCGCCAUGCACCCCCUCCGAUUCCAGAUCCCAGGCGAUCUGGCGUAGCAAGCCCGCGAACUGCAAAGCCUACACCCAUGUCCCAACACCUUCCUAGGCACGAUGAUAUGCAUAGACGGCGACAGUUCAACGCUGAUUCUGGCCCUGGAGUAGAGGCUAGUUACUCCAAUGGUACCAGCGGCCAGUCAGCCCGUAUUUGACGUGGACUCGAGGCAUGUUCGAUGCCCCCGCUUUUGGUAUUUGAAUACAUCAUUGGCGAUUUUAUAAGGACGAUUUCGGGAGUCUUGAGGGUGUUUUGAUGCUCAGCUGCGGUUCCAAAUGAGGUAGCAUAUUAUGGGGGAGGCGGAAUUGUCAUAAUUAUUUAGGUUAUACCGAUCGUCUUAUACGUUUAGACUAUUUCUUCCAGGCGUGUAUACCCUGGUAAUGGGAAUAGAGGAUC